AUGGAAAAAUCCAAUGUUCAAAUCGAGUCGGGAGACCGCAAGAAUAACCACUUCUACAUGGGCCUUAACCACGAAGGUGUUGUCACAUUCCGUGGAAGUCGAAAAGCACAUGUGUUCAGUUGGCAGAAGAUCAACAAAAUCAGCUACGAGGGCAAAUUGUUUAUCAUACAAGUUGAAUGGGAACAACGCCGCCAUACACUCGGUUUCAAGUGUCCGACAGCGGAGUCGGCUGAGGCCCUUUGGAAAUGGGCCGUAGAUCGUCAAUGCUUUUUCACUCUAAAUCGCUCCGUGGAUGCCAAAGAAUCAAAAGCAAACGGGGGCAUUUUCAAGAGACGUCAGUUCUACACAUUCACCGGUCGAUGCCAAAAGGAGCUAAUGCUGCUCAAUUCCAGCCUGCCUUCAAUUCCCCAACCUAGUGUUACACGAGGUGUGCGACAAAGCCGACAAUCCAAAAGUCAAAACGAUUUAGACCGACAACUUGGAGCCAGUACGGACAGUUUGCCAGAUGGGCGUUUGAGCGCUAUCAAUGGUCUGCAGCGUCAUCAAAGUGUCUCUGAUACCAGACAUGCUGGGAAAGAUGAUGCUGCUCUUACUGGAACCAAUCAACUUGGAAAUCAGCUAGGUGCUAGGUUGACCGCGGGUAUAAAUAACAGCCAAUCAACACCAAGCCUGGUUCAACCGUCAGCACCAAAAACCCCCGAGGACCAACUACUCUCUAACGUACCUGAACCAAACACAGAAAAAGCAGAGCAACAGAAUAACUCUGCUCAAAAUAUUUCGUCCAAUGAGAGACAUCCGAUACUGAAGCGUAGUCAGGCGCGUACACGAUUGGUUGAUAACUCACAAAGUGGUACUGAACGUAAUGGGGAGAAAAAGUCAGUUGGAAAGCAAUAUGGCGAAUCAAACAUCAGCAAAAGCUCUGGUGUUUUAGAGACAGGUGAUAAAUUGACACCGGUGACAAAUGAAGAAACAGAGCUCUCCGAUGUAGAACAGAAUGCUGAAGCAACUGAUCAACCGGCGGAAACUGGAGAGGUGUUAUUGAAUACUGGAUCAGUGAACACCUUGUCUUCUUCACCUUUACGGUCUGCUGACGAAGACGAAGACCAAGAUACCGAAGAAGACGCCGAAGAAGCAGAGAGAGAUAAUAAAGAGUCGGAACCCAAACCACCUGCUUACCAGGACUUCAACUCAAGUCAAAACAACGAAACAGCAGUAAAUGAAGCAGUAGAUGAACCAAUCAUCACUCCAGACUCUCGCCCAAUUGCUUCGAAACGCAGUACACGUCCCGCUGGCAACUGGCUCGGUGCUGGUGGAAUAAAGCCCUACGUAGAACCGAGUGAGUCGAAUGCUAAACAAACAGAUCUCACUCAGAAAGACGAAAUGAUUACUCGCUCGACUUUGAACAAAGGAACAGGGCUCUGGUUAAAAAAUGGCCCGGACGCUGCCCCUCCAAUACCUAAUUCUCCUCCUCCUUUCGUAGAUGAAACAUCACCGGCGCAGGGAGCGUAUCCCUCUGGUACCGUCACUAUUUCCAUUGCUCCGAAUAUGCGUCAAAUGCAAAGUCGUGUGGACACCAAGACCGCAAUGCCUACAUCCCGUUCGGCUGAAUUUGCCAAUCCUGCUCGAAAGGUGGACACUUUGCGUGGUUCAUUUCAGACACGAGAAAACUCAUCUCCUCCACCAGACUUCGCAGACGCAGCUGAUGUGGAGGAGUAUAUUGAUUCUGGAGAACCUUCGCCUCCAGCGGGACGGACUAGUUCGAUAACAAACGUGUCAAGGAAGCCAACACCAUCAACGAUGUAUACAAUGGAGCAAACAUAUGCGACAAAUCAAAAUAUAUAUUUCCCAUACGCAAGAACUGUUCGCCCUGGCGGCCCUACUCGAAGUCGCUCUCAGGAUUACAAAACGCUUGCAGCAAUACCUUCUCGACGUUCACCAACACGCCGAGACAUUCGAUUUGCACGGUUACCACAAGGGGGUGUCAUGCACAAGUCGAAUGAGCCACAAGAAAUCAGUCUAUCAGCCGCAAAUUUCACUCGAGCAGAACCAGAGCAGCCUCUUCUGGUUUCCACUGAGCCUCGCAGUUCUGCCCGAGCUGAACUAAUCGCUCGCGCUCGUCAGGAAGAUCGACUGCCUGCAUCGUCCGAAUCAUCGCGAAGAUCCCAUGAUUUAUCACCACAGCCGCGAGACUGGACCUAUGAUCCCAAUCGGCAGAACCAGGAACAACAGCAACAACAAAAGUACCUUCGAAACGGUCUUGUGAGCCCAAGCGGCUCAUCUCCACAAGGUACUGGGAUAAGUGAGUUAAUUAUUUCCCCGCGGAGUUCCAGAAAUACAUCCACGGCAAACUACAAAGACCAUUCUUCCAUGUCAAGCUCCCAGCCGAUUAAUCAAACAGUCUGUGAAGAGGUUUGUACUCAUUCGACUGUGCAUCCAUGCGGUGUUCUGGAUUCCACUUUGCCCCCCUGGGCUUUGAGACAAAGAGAAGUAUACACACAAGAAACAGAGAACCCGAUUUCCAGGACCUCAAAUGAUUUACUCCUGAACCAUGGUUACACACCUCAAAACGCACACAGUCCCAGAACUGGUAGUUAUUCAAUCGGGUUGGAUAAAUCGCAACAGGACGGUUUAGAACUGGCCAAAGCAAGUAGCUCAGCCGCUCAACUGGCUGCCGGUGCAACUGCUCGACCUUAUCGUACAGUUUCACCCAUAAUUGGUCCUAGUACUUCACCUCCAAGAACAGAGUUAAAACCGUCUCCCGUACAUGCACAAUCUACUGUCAUGACAAAACCUCCUGAUGGACUAAGUGCAUCUAUUCAACAGAGUCCGGGAUUCCUAGCGGAGGUGAACAAAUCAAAUCGCAGCCCGGAGCGCGGGGCGAUGACCAGGCCGAAUGCGAGCAGUAUCGCUGAUGUCCGCUUUCGAAGGUUAGCCCCGCUACGAUUGACCUGA